AUGCCACCGAAGAGACAACUUGUAAAGUUGAAGGUUUCGCCUGAGUUCCUUAAGACACUUCCGGUUUUCGCUACACCCAAGGCAAAACGAGUCAAGAAGAUUGCCGAGGACAAGAAGAAUGAGAAAAACGAUAAAACCCUGCUGCCCGGUCCCCAUGAUGACAACUCAAAGGUAAACUCGGGCAUGAAGGAGUUGUCUACGGCAGGAUUAACCGUACACAGCGUCAACGCCAACUUCGCUCUUGAUAAGUCGGGCAGACCGGCCAAGAAGUGGGUUCGUGGAUCCAGACAGUUCAAAACGUUCAGUGGCUUCAAAGUUAAGCUCAAAACAUGGAGACACAAGAGUGAAAGAGAGAAGCACGAUCCUCCUAAGGAAGAGACACCCCAGGACAGCUUACCCAAACAGGAAGAGGUAGGUCUGGAGACUCCCUCAGAGGCUACGGCAAUUACAGCAUAA